ACGAUGUUACAAAAGACAAAAAACUUCUAGCGUCCAAACAAGCUGGUAAAGAAUUAUCCGGUUUAAGAGUCCGGCUUGCAAGUUUCAAACUGGACAAUAAACAUUGCUAUUCAGGUGGCUCAUGUCUGACAUGAAACCAUGACGUCGAUAACAUCACAAUACAAUCGAUAACAGACUACUAGUGAUUACGUCAUCGUGGGAAUCAUUCUAUAGAGCAGACAGUGACGUACAGCGUCGGAAAAACUGAUAUAUAAAUAGGUUGGCGGGUCGUAUCCUGCAGUAAACACGAUGGGACUCCGAAGUGUGGUGGGCGUGUUAGCGCUCGUGGCGUGCGCCUGCGCAUCAGUGAACGACAAUGAUAUUGAAGGGGGUGAACGGGUUGUACUCUACGCCCCGGUCCUGGCUCCUCCAAGAGAUUCUAGGACUCAUAUAACGGAGCGUGCUCGUCAGUUUCCCGUCUUAGUGCUGCUAGCGCAGAGGAAUCCCCCGCCGAGGUCUCUGGAACCUCAAGCGAAAUCUUUGGGAGAUUACUCGAAACCUAGCGUAGUUUAUGUUCAGAAAUUAGAAGAUCAAAAGAGAACCGGUAACUUGAAGCGAGAGAAACGUCAUUUGCAUAAGCUAUUGGGUCUGGGAGGUGGGGGAAUAUCUUUCGGCGGUGGAUUCGGCUACGGGGGUGGUGGUGGCUAUGGAGGAGGCGGUGGCUACGAGGGAGGCUAUGGAGGUCGAGGAUAUGAGGGGGGGUACGGUGGUCACGGCGGAUAUCAAGAACCAUCGAAAACCAUCAUUGUUAAAGUGGUUAAAGAACACGGUCAUGGAGGUCACCACGGGGGUGGCAAUUAUGGUGGUCAAGGAGCUGGAGGAGGAUACGGAGGAGGAUACGGUGGAGGAUACGGCGGCGGUUACGGCGGCGGCGGAGGUGGUGGCGGCGGUGGUGGCGGUGGUGGUGGUUACGGGGGUGGCUACAACGGUGGUUACAACGGUGGUGGCUACGACGGAGGAUAUGUCCAGCCGGGUCACGGUGGCUGCAACGGCGGAUGUGGCAACUACGGAGGUGGAUCGAACUCCCACGCCACUGCCACUGCUACAGCGACCGCCACGGCUCAUGCAAAUUCUUAUCAGUAUAAAAAGAAAUAGACAAAUGUGGAGACAUCUCGUAUAGUAAGUGAUACCAAUAGACUUUUGAAUUUAGCGAGUAAUUUAUUAACGGACAUCUAUGAGUACGUGCCCGGUGGGACUUAAUUAAUGUGAUUGGAAUCUGCAUUAUUUAGGAUAAGAAUAGCAAAGCGACUGACUUUGAAUGAAUAAAUGUAUUGAUCUAGCUCAUUUAGAAGUAAACAUUUAUAUUUUA